CCCACACAGGCUGAAACCUCCACUCUGACAGAGAGGGGUUGCUUACAGUAACCUUUUAUAUAUAUAUAAUUAAGACAUUAAUUGCCAGAUUAGGUAGCUAUUGGAGGCUAAUUUAUAAAUAAGGAUAAAUCAGCUAAAGACCAUCAUGGAAAAAGCUCGUAGAAACAUGACAGAGUUUUGGAAGGAGCACUCAAAGGGCGCCACAGUAGAGGAGAUGAUGCUGGACUCUCGUGCCAAGGAGCUGACCCAGCAGGAGCUUCCUGAGAUCCUGUCCAUGCUGCCCUGCCUGGCUGGAUACAAAGUGCUGGAGCUGGGAGCUGGCAUUGGUCGUUACACCCGCCACCUGCUGACCGUGGCCGACCAUGUGACUGCCGUGGACUUCAUGGAAAGCUUUGUGGAGAGGAACAGGCAGGACAACGGUCACCACAGUAACGUCACCUUCAUGCAAGCUGACGUCACAAAGCUGGAAGUCCCCCCGAACAGCAUUGACUUCAUCUUCUCCAACUGGCUGCUGAUGUACGUGAGUGACGAGGAGCUGAAGUCCCUUAUGGAGAAGAUGCUGGGCUGGCUGCGACCCGGUGGCUUUCUUUUCUUCAGAGAGUCCUGCAACCACCGGUCAGGUGACUCCAAGAGGGACUUCAACCCUACCUGCUACCGCACUGACGCACAGUACAGCCACCUGGUAUCGUCAAUAGAAGAAGGGCCAGAGGGGGGCCAAAAGUUUGGCUUUGACAUUGUGUUAAAAAAGAACGUGAAGACCUACAUUGAGAUGAAAAACAACCCAAACCAGAUGUGCUGGCUGCUGGAGAAGGUUCCCCGCUCCUCAAACACCCAGAACGGUUUCAGCACCUUCCAGCAGUUCCUGGACAACCAGCAGUACACCAGCCGUGGCAUUCUGCGCUACGAGAAGAUGUUCGGGGCCGGUUACGUCAGCACAGGGGGGUUUAACACCACAAAGGAGUUUGUGGACCUCCUGAACCUGAAGCCAGGGCAGAAGGUUCUUGAUGUUGGCUGUGGCAUCGGCGGAGGAGACUUCUACAUGGCAAAGACCUUUGGAGUGCAAGUACAUGGCCUGGACCUGUCAGACAACAUGGUGAACAUCGCCAUGGAGAGGGCGAUCUCUGAGAAGCUCCCCUCAGUCCAGUUUGAGGUGGCUGAUGCCACUAAGAGGACGUUCCCAGAAGGUUCUUUUGAUGUGAUCUACAGCAGAGACACAAUUCUGCACAUAGAUGACAAACUGUCCCUCUUCAAACGUUUCCAUUCAUGGUUAAAGCCAGGUGGCCAGUUGCUUAUCAGUGACUACUGCUGCGGGGAGAAGCCCUGGUCGCCAGUGUUCGAGGCCUACGUCAAACAGAGAGGCUACAUUCUCUAUACACCCUCACAGUAUGGCAAGUUCCUUGAAGAAGCCGGUUUCUGUAAUGUUCGGGCAGAAGACCGGACAGCCCAGUUCAUCCAAGUGAUCGAGACAGAGCUGCAGAGAGCUGAGACCAUCAAGAAGGAGUUCACUGAGGAAUUCUCUGAAGAAGACUACUUUGCAAUAGUGAAUGGAUGGAAAGAGAAACUAGGACGUUCCAACAGUGGAGACCAAAGAUGGGGACUCUUCCAUGCAACAAAGGACUGAGUGAUUGUACUAAAAAUAGCAAUAGUAAAUAAAAAAAGAAAAAGA